AUGAAUUAGUCUAAUUCUAAAAUAGAAAAACAAAUCAUAUCUCCUAAACAAUAAUGUAUGCUUCCAAGUCUUUAUUGUGAUUACAGUGCAAGGAAAAAAUAAAAAUUAAAGACUUAUUUUCGAUAAGAGUAAUGUUCUUCAAUAAGUCCUAAUAAACAGAUUAUCAAGACAUAAAGAGAUCUUUUGAAGCAAAUUGAUUCUGAAAGAAAUUCAGAACUUUAUUCUUUUGAAGAUGAAGUUAGCAGAUCUUUUAAAUUUUAAAGAAAGUCAAGAUUGCAUCAAAGAAAUAAAAUCUUGAAUCAGCCAAUUCAAAAUAAAAAACUUUUGUUAACAGAUACUACAUAAAUUGAAACAGAUACUCCUUAUUUUAAAGAUAAAGAAUCAUCUAUUAGUUAAUCUAAUGAUGAAAGUGAAGAGAAAAAUGAAAAUAAAAUUGAUGUAAAACUUGAAGGAGAGACUGGAAAAGCAUUAAAAUAGAUUAGCCAUAAAAUAAGUAAUUUUAUGUUUUUCAUUAUUUAAGAUCAAGAAUUAAACAAUUCAUUUUAUCAUUUUAUAAAAAAAUCUGAAAAAAUGAAAGAUUUAAUUCUAAAUUUUCAGCAAAAAGACAAUCUAAGUCCAAUUCAUUAUUAUUGCUUAAAUGAUAGCAUAUUUCCAAAAAGAAUUGAAUUGAAUAAAUAAGAUGUUAAAGAAAUUAAUUUAUCAGAUUUAGGAUUAACACCAAAAUAUAUUCCAUUGAUUAGAAAUUUAUUAAGCUAAAAACGAGAUAAAAAUAUCAAAUCAAUUGAUAUCAGUCAAAAUAAAAUUAAUGAAUGGUCAUUAAAGUUAUUAAUUGAUGUUUUUCCUUUAAAAGUCAAAACAAUCAAUUUAUCUCUUAAUUAAUUAAACCGUCGAGGAGCAGUUCUUUUGUCUGAACAUUUAAAAAACUUUGAAAAGUAUAAUACAAUUAUUACUCAGUCUGAGGUUCUUGAAUUUAAAAGGAAAUCAAAUAGGGGAUAUAGGAACUGUAACAAUUUUAGAAGCAUUAAAACCAAGUUUGUAAAUAAAAAAAUUAAAUUUAUCAGACAAUGCUAUUUCUGAUUCCAUUAGCUAUGAAUUAAAAGAAUUUAUUAUAAAAAAUUAAUCCUUAUAAGUUAUAAGUCUAAAUUGGAAUUAAUUAGGCCCUAUUGCUGGAUUAUUUAUAGCAAAAGGAUUAAAUUACAAUAAAUCAAUUAAGGUAGUAGAUUUAAGUUAUAAUAAAAUUGGAUAGAGUGAUAAUAAUUAUGAAUGUAUUAAGGAAUGGUGUUCAUUGUUGAGUAAUACAUAUACAGAAUUAAUUCAUCUAGAUCUAUCUUAUAAUUAAUUUAAUGAGAAAUAACUUCAAUUAAUUAAUUAUUCAAUUUUAAAGAAUUCUCGUUUAUAUGGAUUACAUGUUGAAGGAAAUAAAUGUUUGGCUCAUGUAGAUCCUUUAGGAUUUAUAUAAUUUCCAUAAUAAAUCAAAGGAUAAUAAAGUAUGUAGCCAAAACAUUAAAAUAUUGAUGGUGUUAAUUUUAUACCUAUGUUAAAUGAGAAUGAAAAUGGAUCUGAUUGUUGUUGGAUUUGUUAAGGAUGGAUGGAAUAUCAUUUUAUUUAUGAACCUGAACCAGAAGAAUCUAAAACUGAUUCUAUUUAUUUGCAUUUAGAUUUUUUAGAGUAAAACCAUUUGAGUAUAUUAGUUUCAAACCUAUAUCUAUGACAACAAGUAAAGAAUUAUGGAAAUAAAUAAGUAAUAAAUUUAACAGUACUACAGUAUUGGAAGAUUUAACAACAGGAGAAAUAAUUCAUUAAUUAAAAUAUGCUUUUAGUGCUGGUAAAAUAAUUACAAUGACUGCUAUAAAUGAUGCUUAUACAGAAGAUAAUAAAAUUAAGGAUGACAUGAAAUCAAUCUUAUCAGAAUUAAAUUCAAAGUUUUUUUUCACUUCAUAUUAAAUGUGUCCUCCUAAUUAAAAAAUACUUUAUUUUUUUUCAAAUCCAACUGGAAAAGGAAUAUUUAUUAAUCCAAGAUUUCCAAUAAUAUAAUUAAGAUCUAAUGAAAAUAUUGAAUUGAUUAUGGAUAAAGAGAAAGUAUUUUUUUAUCCUGAUGGAUCUCAGAUAUCAUUAUCUCAAGUAGAUCAAGUUAAUUAUUUUUAAACUAAAUAAAUGUUUGUUAUAGAUUAAAAGAAUUAAUACAAACCUUUAGUAAAAGUAAUUCCUAGAUGUUUAGAUAAUAAAUACUUUUUAAAAAGAUUUGCUGUUGAUGCAUCUAAACAAAAAUCAAAUUUAAUUUAUUGGUAAAAAGAGUAAUCAGCCUUUAAAUCUUAUUAAGGAGACACUCAAGAUGUUUUGGAUGAAUGUUUUUAAUUUGAUUGGACUUGUAUGGGAAUAUAACAUUUUCUAAAAAAUGAAUAAGAAGUAGAAAAAGUAAUUGAGAUUAUGAGAUCACAUUAUCCAAAACUAAAAGAUAUUUAUAAAUAUUAUUCAAGUUUUGGAUAUAAUGUAAAUAAAUAAUAGAAUGGUUAUCAAGUAGAAACAUUCAAUAUUCCUUUAAAUUUAAUUUAUGAUCUAACUUAAGAAUUACUACCUUAAGAUAUAUAAAUUGAAGAAGUAUAAUCUUAAGUUAAUUAAAUUAAAUACAAUUGUGAUUCCAAAUUUAUAUAUAAUCCAGAGAAGGGUUUUGUUAGAUAUUAAUUUAUUGAAUUUAUUUUUAGAAUAGCUUUAUUAGUAACAAAAUAAAAAUAGAAACCUAAAUAAAUUGUAGAUGAAGUUUAUCGAAUAUUUUAAGUAUUGACAGAAAGAUUUGCAGCAUUUGAUAAUUAAUAGUAAUGGAGAGAAGAACGAUUAUGGACUAAAGAAUGUGGAAAUUUAAUUUAUAUAAAAUAAGGUUUUAUUUAAAGAUUACAUGAUUAUGUAGCAUGUAUUAAAAAUAAGAAAUGGACAUUUAAAUUAAAAUGGAUAGCAUUAACAGAAUUUAUAGACUUUUGUAAUUAAAUGGGAUUUUAAUAAUUUUUGAGUGACACUCAAUUAAAAAUCAUUUAUAAUUUUGCAAUGUAAACUCAUUAGGAUGAAUUAACUUAAGAUAGACAUUUAAGAAUGUCAACUGUUGAGUUUACAGAAGCUUUAGCUAGAAUAGCUGAAUUUAUUAGUCCAAAUGAAAAUGAUAUUAAUAAUAUUUCAAUUAAUAGAUUGAUACUUCCCUUACAUAUUAAAUUAGAAAACCUUUUAACUCACAUUUUUAAUACUUUAAGAAUUCUUAAGUAUUUAUAUUUAUAUAUAAAGAGUGAAUAACUUUGAGAAUUUUAGUAUAUACUUUAGUUUAAAUCCAAUUCCAAUUUUACCAAAAGUUCAUGAACUUUAAUAAGAUUAAUAUGAAUGUACAACCUAAGAAUUGAGAAUUUAUAAUACUCUUUCUUAUUUGAGUAAUACUUUUAUUUAUUUUAUUAGAAAUGUUUAAAAUUCCUUAUUUGAAUCCAAAUUAUAAAUAAUUUUUGGAAAUACCUUUUUAAUUAGUUUAAAAUUAAAAAUAAAAGAGAAGUAUAGUAGAAAGAUAGAUGACUCAAAAAUAGAAACUCUUAAAGUUGAAGGCUACAUUAUAAUUACUAUGA